AUGGCGAGCGCCGCGCGGCAGCUGCGCGCCCUCUUCUACGCGGUGCCGCCGCGCGAGAGCUCCUUCCGCACGCUGCAGGAGGUGCCCGACUACGUGGAGAAGAGUAUUCCAUUCUUUGUUGGUUUUGUAGCACUGGAGUUUGCUGUCACCUGGAUUCAGAAGCGAAAGCUGUCAGGUCGGAUCAAUGAUGGCAUAAGUUCUCUUUCUUUAGGUAUCCUGUCUCGACUGCCGGAUGUUUUAUUCAGAAGCCUCGACUUAAUUAGUUAUGUCUAUGUAUGGGAUAACUACAGACUCUUUGAACUUCCCUGGCAUUCACCGUGGACAUGGUAUUUGACAUUCCUGGGAGUGGACUUCGCAUACUACUGGUUUCAUCGCAUAAGCCAUGAGGUUAAUUUACUGUGGGCAGCGCACCAAAUACACCAUAGUUCUGAAGAUUACAACUUAUUCACAGCCUUGAGACAGUCUCUACUGCAGAGAUACACCUCCUGGAUAUUCAACUUGCCCAUGGCUCUCUUUAUCCCUCCUUCGGUGUUUGCUGUUCAUCUACAGUUUAAUCUUCUUUACCAGUUUUGGAUACAUACAGAGGUUAUCACCAACCUUGGGCCUCUGGAGUUCAUUCUUAAUACUCCAAGUCAUCACAGAGUCCAUCAUGGAAGAAAUCCUUAUUGCAUUGACAAAAAUUAUGGUGGCACACUCAUUAUUUGGGACAGAAUAUUUGGAACUUUUGAGGCAGAAGAUGCUAAAGUUGUGUAUGGUUUAACGCAUCCAGUAAAUUCGUUUGAGCCUAUCCUGCUCCAGUUACGUCCCUUGGCUCUUAUUUGGAGCACGUUUUGGGCCACACCUGGAUUCUGCAAUAAGCUUUCUGUCUUAUUCAAAGGGCCAGGCUGGGGACCAGGCAAACCUAGACUUGGCCUUCCUGAGGAAAUCCCAGUGAUCACUGGAAAAGAAGUUCCCUACAACCCAAAUGUACCUGCGUAUCUUAAUUGCUAUGCUGUAGUACAUUUUGUUGUAAUAAUGGACUUGUAUAUUGACCUGCUUGCUACAGUGACUAUGUUAUCACAGGGAACUGUUCUCCUGAGAAUUGGCAUUAUUAUUCUGUCCCUGACUUCUUUUGGAUUACUUAUGGAGAACAGGCGCAAAGCAGGAAUUUUGGAAAUCAUUCGCUGCUCAAUCUUCUUAGGUAUAUACAAAUUUGGCUACUUAAGGAGUGAAUUUUCUUUCUUGGACUAUUCAUAUGAGGUUUUGUUCUCCCUCUGCGUUGCGUUCUGGGUAGUACAAACUAUGAAGCGGAGCACUUCGUGCGCAGACAAACGUGACUGAAAGAGCAGAUCUAAUAUCACUUUAAUUAUGGAAAGAGCACUUUGGAAUAUUCUUCAAAGUUCCUUGGAAUUAAUCAACUAUGCCUCUAACCAAAUUGCAAUUGUAAUUGAGGGGUUUGUGAUUUCGUAUGAAGGUUUGAGAGAUUCAUUAGGAUAGGCAUCUGUUUUUAUUUGAUUUUAAAAAAAUAUUUUAAAAAUAUUUAAUUGCCCGUCAAUUUAUA